GCGGUUCGUUCUCGUCCCAGCUGGACAGAACUUCUUCACAUCACCAUCUGUGCAGACGUAUCAAUAUGUGAUUUGUGGAUAGGCAACCAUUAUCUUUCACAAGUCGAACGUAAUUUUUACAUGAUGGUCCUGGAAAAAAAUGUGAUCUCUUUAAGAAACGAGCAAGAAAUAUGAGAGAAGAGGAUUUGGAGAUCGCCAUUAAGGUUGUUAUAGUAGGGAAUGGAGCAGUUGGAAAAUCUAGUAUGAUUCAAAGGUACUGUAAAGGUACUUUUACCAAAGAAUAUAAAAAGACAAUAGGUGUGGACUUCCUGGAGAGACAAAUUGAGUGUGAAGGGGAAGAUGUCAGAUUAAUGCUUUGGGAUACUGCAGGACAAGAAGAGUUUGAUGCCAUUACUAAAGCAUAUUACAGAGGUGCCCAAGCAUGUGUUCUUGCUUUCUCCACAACUGACAGGGAUUCAUUUGAAGCGAUUCAGUCUUGGAAAAAAAAGGUUGAAGAUGAAUGUGGUGAAAUACCAACUGUUUUGGUUCAAAAUAAAAUAGACUUGAUGGACCAAAAUGUGAUAGAACCUGAAGAGGUGGAUCUAUUAGCAAGAAUGCUAGGCUGUAGAUUGCUCCUUACUUCAGUAAAAGAAGAUGUGAAUGUAAAUGCAGUUUUUAGACAUUUAGCAUCAAGGUGCUUAGCAGAACUACGUAGAGAAGAAGAAGAGUAUACAAUGUCUUCAAAUGGACACCACCCAUUGACAAUAAGUGCCUUUGGCCCAAUGAUGAACAGCAAUAAGUCCAACUACAGUAAUGGAACAAUUGUUUUGAAAUCAGGAAAAAUCAAGAACAAAAAGAAGAAAAACUUAUUUAUGAACAAUUGUAGAUUGUUGUGAAUAGUUAUAAUUUGUAAUGAAUAUAAGUGACUAUAUAAUUUUAAUAAACAUAAAUUGUGAUUUACUUUUUGAAAAUUCUAAAGUUUUUAUUUUAUAAGCAAAUGAAGUUGUAAAAGACAUUAUGACAUUAAUAGAAGUUGUAAUGUAGUACAAACUAAUUAAUGAGUUAAGACUGUUAAUAUUAUAUCCACUUAUGUCUUGUAUAUUAACUUGUCCUUAUUCGCAUUAUUUUUUAAAAAUCAUAAACAUAUGUCCAUUGUUAUAUAUAAAAUAAAACAAGAGUAAUCCACUUCCUUCCCAAAAAGUAUAUUGUGAUGAAUAUGAUGUAUUAUAAAAACAGUAAUGUAUAAAUAAAAAUAUCAAUAAAUUUUCAUUUAGUUUGGUUUAUAUAAUAUUAUAAAUUAAAAAGUAUUUUCUAAUAGUUUCAGACAGAUAACAAUUAAAAUGAGAAUCUAAC